AUGAACAUGAAUAUAAAAGAUUCAUUUUUUGAUGAUCCUGAUGAAACUACCUUUUGGAAUGUGACAGAUUUUCCAAAAAAAGUGGCUACCUUAGAGAUGCAUGACACAAUGUACAUAGAGCAAGAUUCAGAGUUAUGUAAAGGAACUUUAGGAAUCUCGAAUAAUUAUCUACUUUAUUUCAAAAAUUAAGUAAAUUUAACUAAAUAACCAAUAGACAAUAAAGAAAUGGAUUAAUUUAGAUAAUGCUACUAUUGAAUAUACAAAGCAUUAGAAGGUAGGACUUGGAAUAAAAAUAAUAAAAAAUAAAUAAUAUUUUGAAUUUUUUGGAGAUGUAGAACCAUGGUACAAUUAUUUGAAGCAGUUUUGUAUUCAAAGAAAUUUUUCUCAUCAUUACACAUUACAAAAAAAGAUUGGAUAAGGAAAUUUUGCAGAUGUAUUAUAUUAUCACUAAAUAUAGGUAUUCAAAGCUGUAAAUAAAUGUGAUGGGUCUGAAUAUGCGAUAAAGUGCUUUAGAAAAGCAAAGUUAAAUGAAAGUGUUGAUAGAUUAGCUAUAAUCAAAGAAAUAUCAAUUAUGAAAAAAAUUUAACAUGAAUCUAUUAUUCGUUUAUAUGAAGUAUUUGAAGGAGAUGAAUUUUUGUUUUUAGUUUUAGAAUAUUUGAAAGGUGGUGAAUUACAUAAAUAUAUGAAAAAAUCACCUCCUUUUUCAGAAGAAAAAUGUGCUAAAUUAAUUUUUAGAUUAUUGAAAGCUGUUUCUUCAAUUCAUAAAAAAGGAAUUUUGCACAGAGAUAUAAAACCAGAAAAUAUAAUGUUAAGAAACAAAGAUGAUAUUGAUAACAUUUGUAUAGGUGAUUUUGGAUUAGCUGAUUAUUACUCUUAAAGUGGUUAAUACUUAUUUACAAGAUGUGGAACUCCAGGAUAUGUAGCUCCAGAACUAUUAUAGGACAAAAUUUAUGAUUUCAAAAUAGAUAUUUAUAGCGUAGGAAUAUUAAUGUUCAUUUUAAUAGCAGGAAAAUCUCCAUUUGAUGGUAAAGAUUACGAUGAUGUUGUGAUGAGAAAUUAUUAUGCUAAAGUUAAAUUUGAGGAAUGUAAAUUAAGUGAUAUCGGUAUGGAUUUACUUUAGGGACUCAUGAAUAAAAAUCCAAUUAAAAGAUUAACAGCUGAAGAAGCUCUAAAUCAUCCAUGGUUUGCUACUGAAAAUCUAACUAAAACAUGUUAAUUCAAAAUCAGAAAAUAGAAUCAAACUAUAAUAAAGAAAUUAGCUUAUUUUGAUAUGAAUAUUAAUCAAAAUGCUGCUAUUUCAACUUAAUUUAGUCCAAAGAGUUCAUUAUCCAGUCUUAGUCCUUAUUGUGUUACAAAAUGUAAUAUUGAAGAUAGUCCUUAAACACCAAAUACUCCUGCUACACUCUAACCUAUUAAUACUUCAAGAACACCUGGGACUUAUAAAUUAAGAUAGGUUAAAAGAUCCCAAAUUCCUUUAAAAUAAUUAUGA